GCGGAGCCCCUUCUCGCCGUAAGGAGAGAGGCGUGUCUGCACGCCGCUUGCACGGGCUGCGGUGUCACACGUCCCCGCAUGUCUGUUGCAUGCAUGAUUGGGGAGCGAAUGCAUCCAGUAUUCUUGCAUAAUAAAUCUCAUUUGAAUGAAAAAAGCACUUAUUUAAUACCGGUCAAGGCCCAUCGGGCCUUCGCUGAAUCCCCGGAUUGCAAGUCGGUGAGAGGCUCGGGCAGGUGCGGUGGGAACUGGUGACAAACUGCCCCAUGCACUGGCACAUGCUGGGGACACUUAAAGCGAGGAUAUCAGCAAAUAAAUAUCAAUCCGUAAACCUUUGGCAUCACAAACGCCAUUUCUCGGCAUUGCAUUGUUUAUAAUACUGGUAAUAAUUGCAAAAAGUAGUUCAGUGUACAAAAAAACUUUGCAGGCUCCUCUAGCUUAAUGCUUGAACGUGACUGCAGGGAUAUUACGAGUUUAUCGUGUUGCACUUCUGCAAAUCCCCACGCAACUCGUUCCGCAUUUAUUACCAGAACCGACACGGGAAGCCUUCGUAACAUUAGAAAAUGAUUUCACCCUAUUUGUUUUACCUAUUGACAAUUGGGAGCAACUAGCUCUUAACAGGACGUGUUGUUUUACUAAAACGCUGGUUUACUUAUUGCGACAAAAUGGAAUAAAACGAGUGAACCGUCGGGGGGCUUUUAUUUUGAAGAAGCCAUUGCUGUUCUAAAAAGGCCUGUUCUUUCAUUUCACUUAUUGCCGUCAGUAGCUUUUUUGUUGACUGAUGGGCUGCACAACUUUAAAGUGCAAGUGCGCGUGUGCAAAGACAAAGAUCUUGUGGAAUUUAAAUCGUUUUUUUCCCCGUAAAAUAACACUUCGUUCUGUUCAUUUAAACACCGUUUCACCUUCUGUUGAUCUUUAUCUUAGUUUAUUGCCGUUUAUGUUAUAUUUUAUGUCCCGUUCUUGGGGAAAAACGGCAGAAAAUGUACAGAAAGUACUAAAAAAAUACUAUUUGUAUCAUUAUCAACAAAUUGUUGUGUACCGUUUUAUAGGAUGUUUGCAUUGUAAUUGCCUUGACGCGGAGUAUAACUUUUUAAGAGCAGAAGAACCAGAUUAUCGGGUCAUGUCGCACUUUUUGGAUUUUACGACAAUGUUGACGGAUGGUUUGUGUUGUAGGCGAUCCAGCUCCAUAGGCACCGUGUGUUUAAAAUGUAAUUGUUAAUAAUGAGUAAACCGCUGUAAGGCAUGCUAACAUCUGCUGUCAAAGUAUAAUAUUUUAGCCAACACUGUGUUGGGAGUGAGCUGUGAUCGUUUUAUAAUCGGUUACUGCCGCCGUUGUUGUGUUGCACACUUGCCUGUGGUGUGUGUGUGUGUGUAAAUGUAUGAGAUCUCGUACCUCCUGCAGUCUGAAAGAUGACGACAGCGGCGACCAUGAUCAAAACGAGGACAGCGGUUCACCGAAAGAGUGUGAGAAGGAAGAAAGCGAUGAGGAAGAUAAGGAGCAGAACACUGCCAAAAAGAAGACAGUCGUACCCGGGGCCGGGGAGCACCCCCUGCAGUAUAACUACACUUUCUGGUACUCGCGUCGCACCCCGGGACGGCCCGCCAGCUCCCAGAGCUACGAGCAGAACAUCAAGCAGAUCGGGAGUUUUGCCUCUGUGGAGCAGUUCUGGCGCUUCUACAGUCACAUGAUCCGGCCCGGCGACCUGACGGGCCACAGCGACUUCCACCUCUUCAAAGAGGGCAUCAAACCCAUGUGGGAGGAUGAUGCGAAUAAGAGUGGGGGCAAGUGGAUCAUUCGCCUGCGGAAGGGCUUGGCUUCCCGCUGCUGGGAGAACUUGAUCCUGGCGAUGCUGGGGGAGCAGUUCAUGGUGGGGGAGGAGAUCUGUGGCGCCGUGGUGUCUGUACGUUUUCAGGAGGACAUUAUCUCCAUCUGGAACAAGACGGCCAGCGACCAGGCCACCACCAGCCGUAUCAGGGACACCCUCCGUCGGGUGCUGAACCUGCCGCCCAACACCAUCAUGGAGUACAAGACCCACACGGACAGCAUCAAGGCGUGGGAAGAUUUUCAUGGACUCGUCAACGCCAGUGGGGGGCGCUAAAAUUCCUGUGAGCAUCUGCCAAGGCAGAAGCGAGACCAUGUGAUGUGAUCCCUCUCGGCCGCUGUGAUUUGGGCAAUGACUGUUCCGGAGCCUUUAGGGGGAGGCAGAAGAGCCAAGCGACCCCCCCACCCCCCUCUCAGCCUGUCUUGUGUUUGUCCCACGUGCUCCCAGCCCGCAGUCAUUGUAAAUAUAGUGGUACACUACGCGUCUGGAAAGCAUCCCCCAUCAAGCCUCUCUCCUCGGCCGUGACCCAACCUGGCUUCAGACGGAAACGCCCCCUCUCACUUUAGUGCAGUGUUUUUAACGUGUCAGUGUUGUUUGACCUAGAAUUGUUUUAUAUAUAAAAAAAUAACAGAUUUAUAUUUCUAAGUGGAACUUUUCAAGGGAUCAUUUGGAGGACUUGCUCAGCCCUGGUUUUUGACCUUUGACCUGGAAGUGUAAACCCACAGGAAGUGAGUCAUCCUAAUGGUGCACUUAGAAGCGUCCCCCCCCCCCAAGCAACCUCUUUAGGAUGAGGAUGAACUGCCGUGUUGCCUGUUUCACUGUGCCUGGCCUUCAGCCCGAUUCUCCUCAAAUUCAAAAGCUGAAGGUUUUUAUUAAUAUUAUUUUUUAUUUUUCCUUCAAAGCAAAUGUUAUCAAAGGAUCACCCCAAGGUGCAGAGAGGGGCCACAAAGAGCGACACAGGAACCAGGCCUGGGAUCAGAUUUAGCAUUUUUCUAAAGUAGAAAAAUAAGUAACCUACGGUCCGGUGGACUGGCUCUCUACAGCUUGCAAUUCUGCUCGGAAUCCAAUGGGUGGCACUGUUUUGAAAGCUGUAUCUGUUGAAUGAACCUGUGGGCGGAUUUCACCUACUGAUUAUAGCAAUAAAUGGGAAUAUGCAUCUGCUGCUGAAGAA